GGAAAAAUAACUCCAGGUGUUCUUUGUUAUUAACUACCAAUGUUUUGUCUUCUAGCAGUCUGGUCUUGCCUGACGGUCCACUGAAUGGAGCACUAUAAACAUGAAAAUUAGCUGCUCUUCUGUCUUUCUUUCACCUCCCUUUGGAAAUGCUCUGAAGAAUAUUUCAAAAGACCAACCUAAUCUGUAGACCAUCAUUAUAUUCAGGAUAUUUCACUGGAGUAAAGCCAGCUGGAAGAAGAAGAAAUAUGUCAGCAUUGAACUAGAGAAGGCUGGAGAGAACCAAAUGACUGACCACUGCUGUGUUGUUAUUGAUAAAUGUCAUAAAUCUGAUGUAAGAAUAUUUCUGAAAGAUUAUUAUUUAGAUUUCUGCAUUUGGGUUUCAGCUUAGGGUCUUCUUUAUCAUGGACUUCCUCUACUUCUAGGUUUCUUUUUCUGUUUAAAGACAUUCAAGUGUCCACAUUUCCUGAGCCUACAUUUAAUUCCCCCUCGGCUCUUUUUUUUUCUUCUAUUUUUUUAAUAAUAAGCAGUUUCUGGCAAAAAAACUGUUCUUGGUUAUUGCUAGCUUUGAUGUAGGUUUUAACACUGAUCUCUUACCAUUGCGGUCUUUCUUAAUCUUCAGGCACUCCCUCUAACUUCAUUUGGUCCAUCUCUCCUUUGAUUCUCUACCAUGCUGUGUAUGAACAAUGUGCCUGUCCUUUCCUUCCUGAGCUCACUCUUUCUCUUUCUCUCCGAUAGAAUUACAAAGCACUUUCUACAGAUUGCUACCAUGCCUCAGUUUGCUGAUGAUCUAAAUGGCAGUUAGCGCAAUUACAUUCAUGAAUACCUUUUCCACAUUGGGAUUAAGAUGUUAUGACAUUGGCAAGUCCUUUUAUUCAUUUUUUCUUCUAGGUUCUAUUCUCUAUUCCCACAAGUAAUUCUUAGAGGAUGAAGACCUCACUCACUCCAAAAAAAAAAAAAAAAAAAAAAAAAAAAAAAAAAAAGCUGCCUCUUUUAAUUCCCAGAGUGACUUUUACUGAACAAUGAGUGAAUUUUCAAGAGCCAUACCAAAUCAUUCUGUAGAAAGGAUUUUUGGAGUGAUUUUGUGAAGGCCAUACGGUUCUUGACAUGACUUUUGUCCGUGGUAGUUCUGUAAGUGAAAUAUUAAACACAUUAAAAUAUUAGAAAUGAUUUAUACGAUCAUAGAAGAUGGAUCUCACAAGUCCUCAAGAGAUUGUGAUCAGCGGCCCUAAGCAGUGGAUCUAGCUGUUAAGCAAGCAGCAGAGCUGGAAAACUUGGCAGUGAACUCUUUGUCUUUCCUGCUUGUAUCCAUGGAGCCUGGAUUUUACAAGAUACAGAAUCUGGAACAGUGAAGUAGAGGAAGACUAUCUCCUUGUCUAGAGGUGGAUUACUAUCACUACCACCUACCACUGCAUUGUAAUGUGAGCUAUGAGUAGGUUCAACCUGCUGGCUACCCAGGACACUUCCUGGAUAGUGUUUUUCAUCCAAGGCUCUCUUAGCUGUGUUGGAACAUCAGUUGGUUGCAACACCUCUCUCAGGCACGUGACUGACAGUUAAACUACAUCAGUGGAGUCAUGCUUCACAUGGCUAUAUCAUGCUGGCAGCCAUUCCUAGGUCUGGUUGUGCUGCUAGUUUUCAUGGGCCCAACCAUAGGCUGCCCGGCCCGCUGUGAAUGCUCAGCGCAGAACAAGUCCGUCAGCUGUCACCGAAGGCGCCUAAUGUCUAUCCCAGAGGGCAUUCCCAUCGAGACCAAAAUCUUGGACCUCAGCAAGAACCGACUGAAGGGUGUCAACCCUGAGGAAUUCACAUCAUACCCUUUGCUGGAGGAGAUAGACCUCAGUGACAAUAUAGUUGCCAACGUGGAGCCUGGAGCCUUUAACAAUCUCUUCAACCUGCGAUCCCUGAAACUGAAAGGAAACCGGCUGAAACUGGUGCCCCUAGGGGUGUUCACUGGAUUGUCAAACUUAACAAAGCUUGAUAUAAGUGAAAACAAGAUUGUCAUUUUGCUGGACUACAUGUUCCAAGAUUUGCAUAAUCUAAAAUCUCUGGAGGUUGGGGACAAUGAUUUGGUUUAUAUAUCCCACAGGGCCUUUAGUGGACUGCUUAGCCUGGAGCAGCUCACCCUGGAGAGAUGCAACCUCACAGCUGUACCAACAGAAGCUCUUUCCCACCUUCACAACCUCAUCAGUCUGCAUCUGAGACAGCUCAACAUUAACAUUUUGCCUGCAUAUGCCUUUAAAAGAUUGUUUCGCCUGAAAGACCUGGAGAUAGACUCCUGGCCCCUCCUGGACAUGCUGCCUGCCAACAGCCUGUAUGGUCUCAAUCUUACUUCUCUCUCCAUCACCAACACUAACCUGUCUGCAAUACCUUACUCUGCUUUUAAACAUCUGGUUUACUUGACAUAUCUAAACCUCUCCUACAACCCUAUCAGCACCAUUGAGGCGGGCAUGUUUUCAGAUUUGGUGCGUCUGCAGGAACUCCACAUAGUGGGGGCCCAGCUACGUACCAUUGAACCACAUGCUUUCCAAGGGCUCCAAUUCCUACGUGUGCUUAAUGUGUCCCAAAACCUGCUAGAAACCGUAGAAGAGAAUGUAUUCCAUUCCCCCAAGACCCUCGAGAUCCUCUGCAUUAGCAACAACCCUCUGGCUUGUGACUGCCGCCUCCUUUGGAUUUUACAAAGGCAACCUACUUUGCAGUUUGGAGGCCAGCCACCAAUGUGUGCUGGCCCAGACAAUGUCAAAGAGAGGUCAUUCAAAGACUUCCACAGCACAGCUCUUUCCUUUUACUUCACCUGCAAGAAGCCCAAGAUACAAGACAAGAAGCUGCAAUACCUGGUAGUGGAAGAAGGGCAGACAGUGCAGUUGAUGUGCAAUGCUGAUGGGGAUCCUCAGCCCACCAUAUCCUGGGUUACCCCACAUCGGAGGCUGAUCACAGCUAAAUCAAAUGGAAGAGCCACAGUACUGGGAGAUGGCACACUGGAGAUCAGAUUCGCUCAAGACCAAGACACGGGGAUCUAUGUUUGUAUUGCAAGUAACGCAGCUGGGAACGACACCUAUUCAGCCUCCCUUACAGUAAAAGGGUUUGCAUCAGACCGUUUCCUUUACGCCAACAGGACCCCUAUGUAUAUGACAGAUUCCAACGACACCAGUUCCAAUGGAACUAAUGUGAACACCUUCUCUCUGGACCUUAAGACAAUAUUGGUGUCCACAGCUAUGGGCUGUUUCACAUUCCUUGGAGUGGUUUUAUUUUGUUUCCUACUUCUUUUUGUGUGGAGCCGAGGGAAAGGCAAGCACAAAACCAGCAUUGACCUUGAAUAUGUUCCCCGCAAAAACAAUGGUGCUGUAGUUGAAGGGGAAGUUGCUGGACCACGAAGGUUCAAUAUGAAAAUGAUUUGAUGGUUUUCUGCUAGCAGUGCUUUUUCUGUGGCAUUAUAACCAAUUAAACCAGCCUGACACGCAGGCAAUGGGCAGCUGGGCAAAGGCAGCUUAAUACAGCUGUCAAUGUUUCAAAUGGUUAUGUGGAAAUGGAAAGACUAUUUGUGGCUGUAUAGCAGAGCCUCCAAACCUUGAGGCAGAUAUGUCAGGGCCUUUCACAGAACUGGUAAAUUGUACUAAUUGUUUGCAUUGCAAAUAUUUGCAUUCUGGGGAUAUCAGUAAUGAGCUGUUGGCUCAUGCUCAUGGACAACUGUUCAACAUUUUCUACCACUACAAAAAGACAAAGAAAAAAGCCUACAGUGUAGGAUUUACAUAUUUGAAGAAAAAGACACAUUUGUCUAAAGCAUACUCUACAGUGAAAUUUGUAUCAAUAGAUCUCAUUUGGUAAAGCCUUGCAUCAUACCUUCUAUUUGGUUCAACACCACAAAAAAGAUAGUUUUUUCUUUUUUUAAUAUACAUCUAUACUGUGUACAUUUAAAGCAAUACAAAUGACAGGUUGUGCUUUUAGAUAUCCACCUAUACUGACCCAAGUGUGAUGUCAUCCUCCUUUUAAAUACCAUCUAACCCAAAUUACACUCCUGUAGUUACCAAUUAGAAAUAACAUUUUUCUCCUCAUGUGAAAGUCCAGAGAUGAAUACUUGAGAGCAAAAAUGUUCAAAUACAUUGAUCUUCUCUUCAAAUAAAUAUAAGGCAGGUGCCUAGUUUUGAUACAGAAUGGAAUAGUUUUUAUAUCUGUGAUAUCACACUGGACCAGUUUACUGUAACAAAGCCAAGGGAAGUCAAACUACUCAACAUUGCAGAGUCUAGUUCUACCUUGAUGAGAGAGAUCUGUUUUUAAUGUUCAAUUUUAAUUUCAAAGCCAUUGUUAAAAUGUUAGUGUGGACAGGGCAAAAAGAAAGAAGGUAAUACAUUCUGCAUACUCCUUGGGAAAUAUGGUCACAUUACUAAUUAUAGGAGUGAAUUAAAACAUACAAAAGCUCUGCUAAUAGAAAUGAACUCUUCUCCAAUGCCAAUGAACUAGGGUUAUCCAUACAUAAUAUUAAGAUUAUUAUACUAAAGUAAUCUUUAAAACAUGAUAACCUCAAAAAGGCAAACAUACUGCCCGUUAUAAUGAUCUUCUAGCCACUGCCAUUCUCAUCUUGUAUAUUUAUAAAUAACAUACAAACACAAAGCUAAUUUCCAAGAGCAGAUCACUUUGGCUAUUUUUGGUGCCAUUUUAGUAACUAUAUGGUUAUGUUUCUUUCAGUGGCAGUAUCUGAGAGCAAGAGGGACAAUUCUUUUCAGUUUUUAGGAGGGUUUUUUUUUUUUGAUGGAGAAAAGACAGAAGUGAAACAUAGUUCAGUAUGAAUAAUUGAUGUAGUUUUUUUGUUUUAUGCCUCUAAACAAACCCAUGAAAGGCUCAACUGAAACUUUACUGUUUACCCACUGCACUGUUGGUAUUAAGGAAUAUUUUAGAAUAUUUUUAUUUUGAAACUCCUAGCAAUGGGAAAAUAAGAAGUUGUUUAUCCACCUCUCAAUUUCCUAGUAAUUAUGAGCCAUAGGUUUAUGCUACAUGGUGGGUAAUAAACAUAAUUUACAAAUAAUUGGAAUGGCCUAGAGAAAGAAUAAUAAUGACUAUGUUCUUAGCCAGAAAGAAUAUGAGAAUGUUGUGAGAUUGAGCAUUCAGAUUUAUGUGAUGUAAGAGCCUGUAUACAAGCUUAAAAUUAGGUUUCAGAACUUUGGACCUGAAUUCAGAUUGACAGGUAAUGGGACUUGGUUGCUUCUAAAAAUAUUAUCCACAUUCUUUGCCAGAGAUUUUUUAAGCUAAAAUUAAAAAUAUCCCACUACUACCAAGAGAAAUGUGCCAAAAGUUGUAGGAUCCAUAUAUGCUCCCCAAGUAUGUACGUAAUAUAGCUGUAGGACCCAAGGUCUAAGCAGUUUUGAGAAUCACGCCCUAUUGUCUCUACGCUCUUUAGGCCACCAAACUGACAGGGAUGUAAUGACUGUUAGAAUUUUCUUGAGGUUAGUUUGUCUUAAAUUUAGAGGGUUUUUUGUUACUUUUUCCUAUUUUCUUUUUUUAUAUACUCUGAACUAGAUAGUUGGAGAGUCACGAAGAGGCUUGAUAUUAAUCAUCUUUGUUCUUUGAAAGUUUGUAGAAGGAAAUAUAAUACCCUUGACGUACAACGGUGAAUUUGUUUUUGUUGUAGUAAUAACUACCCCACUGUAGCCCCAAAACCCUACUUUACCUUAAUGUGGAGAAUUAAAGAAACCAGUAAGGAGAAGGAAACGUGUAUCAGUACUAUCAAUUGAAAAAAUUUGCAUGUGCCUUUCCCUUUUAGUUGUAAUUUUUCAAUUAGUAAUCUAUUUCCCCUCCAGUGAUUUCUUGUAAAAUAUUAAUAUCAAUGUUAGAAGCAAAAAUUCUGCUAAAAUCUCAAGAGCUGCAGUGGAUUGCUUCUGCUUAUACUAAAUAACACAUUAAAAAAUUACAGUUCUCAAAAAAUAACCUGGAAAAAUUUUGCUUUUAGGAUUAAUUAUAAACUCCUCUCUUCUCUUAGAAUAACUCUAAAAAAAGAUUGCAUUGUUAGUGUGCUGCAAUGAUUUCUAAGCAGUAGUGUCCUUGGUUAACUAAGUGGAUUAUGUUCUGGUGAUGAAACUACCACCUGCUUUUGCAGAGCACCACCUUGCAGACCUGUCAGCAUUUCCUAUAUUACACUAAGGUCAAUUAGUAUUAAGUUUUAAGAAUCAGUGUUUGCUCUCUAUGUCUAGCUAUGCUCUACUUUUUGCAGUCUAUUUUUAUCUUUGUGGACUUGACAAGGCAUAUGGUCUCUCUUAAGAGAAGUCAGGAUAGCAAGGCUUCUUUCACUCUCACUGUGGGAUUGUUUUGGGUGAAUAAGGAAUGCAGUGUCAGAGCACUUUAUUUUUGGCAGCUUUUUUCAAGAAUAAAGUGAGAGUAACUGAACGAAUAUUUCCUCUGAUUCUUUUGUAUUCCUAGUCACAUCUUGAUCUGUCCUAGAAAUCAAGGAAGCUUACUGCAAGGGAAUAUCAUGUCAGAGGAAGGGAAUCUGGCUGUGGUGAGUCUGCCAUCACAUGAGUCCACUGCCAAUUUAUUCAGGUUUACUGUUCAUACCUGCCACCAAAAGAGAAUGAAUGAGCAAGGAAUAUUUUCACCCUACCUCUUACUUGUAUAUUGUCAUGCAUGCUCAAAGGCUGUACAGGCAGAACAACGGCAAAAGGACCAUUCUGGCAGUCAAGGCAACCAAACUGCAAGGUGCAGCAAUACUUCUGCAGAAAAGGAGAAAUAGAUAAUGUUGAAACCAGCAGAGCAACUUAAGAAAGCAGGAACCCCAUGAUCCUGACAGUAAUUUCUGUAAGAGAAGUGCUGAACCUCCCAUAUAUACAUAUUUUAAACUCUGCUUCCACAGACUAAGACUCCAUUUUCUUGCUCUUUCAUAACAAAUGAAUGCACAAGUGUUGAGACUACCUAAGAAUGUGUUAAAGAGGACACUGAAGAAACAUCUUAAGAAAAGAGUUUGCAAUGAUCUAAGGUACAUGCCACCUGAGCCAUAUUUUUUAGAUUUUUCAGCUUGUCCUCAACAUUUUCUUCUUUCUUCUUCCUUCCUCAUCAGCUUGGCAGCUUUCUCUUCUCAUAGGCUUCCUCCAAGACACCAGUUCAACUAGAUUCAGAUUGGAGAUAUUGCUGUUAUUCUGCUUCCCCCUUCCUCACCAUUCACACAUGUUCUUAGUGACAAUAGGGAUAGCACAUCUAGAAAAAACUGAAAUCAACCUGGAGAUUCUGA